AUGGCCGAAGCUACCAGUGUGCCCAAGCCAGAGCUGAAGGCUGUACCUGGCCCUAGCCCUGUCGCUGUGACUGUAUCAGAGACAGCAGAGAAAACUCGGCCGGCCCGGACUCCUCGGCCUCCUAGACCCAAUUACAGGCACAUCCAUCGCUUUCCUCUUCCAGUCAAUGUUCAUCAUGUUCCUUCAGUAAUUCCUCAUAACCCUCUCUCCAUCAUUAGUGUUGCCCUCUCGUACCUCACCUUCCUUAUCUCCCCUCCACGCCAAGAAAUCUAUACCGCAUACUUCGACUCGGCUACCUCGUCCGUUCAUGUCACCGAUGAGAAGACGAUUAGGGCCUUGUGGGAGAUGGGGUUCUUUGGUAAAGGUAGUCUGAGCCGAAGUGAGCCUAAUUGGCUGGAGCAGGAGAAGAAGAGGAGGGGGCUGAUGGGUGGUAAUACUGUCGAGGAGGCCACACGGAAGCGUCGUGCUGAACGCCGCCAACUCAAACUGGAGCGAGCCAGACACGAGAAACUGGCCGUCGAAGAGAGACUUAAGGCUGAGGCCGCUGCUCGUGAAUCCGGCUCUGUUGACGGAUCACCCAUCGAUGCCGGUGCCGAGGCUGCUGCUAUCUUGGUAGAGAGGUUCUCUGUCAAGAAGGCCAUGGAAGCCAAGUACCACGAGAGACGGCAACAAGCACUUCAGAACAAGAACACUUCCGAGUCUGCGGAUUCAUCCCAAGCAGCCAACGCCUCAUCCGAUCUACCUUCUCCCAUUGUCGAGAAGCAUGAGGCUGUCUCCAACUCUAGUGCCAGGCACCAGGCCCUCGAUGACGAAUUGGACCUCGAGACUCUCGAAAACGAAGAACAUCUACAAUUGUCCACCGAGGAGACCUUCUUCUUGGUUUAUGCGCUUGGUGCUCUUCGAGUUGUCGACCGCAAUGAUAAUGCCCCCAUCUCGACCUCAUCACUUCUCUCCCUCCUCCGUCGCCAUUCCUAUUACCCUCCCCGCCCCGACUCUUCUCAACCGGAGGUUGACGACCCAUUCAUGAUAUCAUAUGUUGUGUACCACCACUUCCGCUCUCUCGGCUGGGUUGUCCGGUCCGGAGUCAAGUUCGGAACCGACUAUCUCCUCUACAACCGCGGGCCGGUUUUCUCUCAUGCCGAGUUUGCAGUCAUUAUCAUUCCUUCCUACAGCCAUCCAUAUUGGUCCGAGACCGAGGAACGCAAGGAAUAUGCGGUCAACAAGCAAGCGCGUAGCUGGUGGUGGCUGCAUUGCGUUAAUCGUGUCCAAGCUCAAGUGAAAAAGAGUCUGGUGGUCUGCUAUGUGGAAGUUCCUCCUCCCGUGCCCUCGUCUGCGGAUAUUGGGGGUGAAAUCGGUCGCUACCGGGUCCGCGAAUUCAUCCUUCGCCGCUGGGUUCCUAAUCGCACUCGCGAUUGA